AUGGAGAUGGAGAAAGUAAAGAUCGAAGAGAUUCAGUCCACCGCGAAGAAACAGCGGAUUGCUACUCACAUUCACAUCAAUUGUCUUGGCCUCGAGAUUGCAGUUGGUAAUUUGCUCGAUGCUCGUCCGGGUGUUAGGGGUUUAAAGUUCAUUGCUCUCUUUGCUAUGCUCAAGAGUUAA